GGCCCACGCGAGUGCGUGCGUCUCUAUCUCGACCGGAGGAUGCAUUGCUUCCGAUUUGAUGGCGUCGUCCAUGCUUUGCGACUCUGUAUGGGUGUCUUCACGUGCAGGACGCUCGGCAGAGGCAUCGGCGUUCGUCGCAAGAGAUUCGGCCGGCUUCUCGGGGUCUGCCACAGCGAUUCUCUUUCGAAAGACGGCCUUGAAAACAGCCACUGCCCUCCGGAUAUAGGCCCUCAGCGCGUGUCCCCAGCUCUGAUUCAGCCACCACAGGAUUCGCGUGAGUGGCGUCUGACGGACACGAACAGGAACAGCAGAGCGCAUGUCAUGCCCAUGAUGAUGACGUUGAUGGGCACGAGAAAUGCCACCAGACCCGCAAAGAAC